GAUUUCAUUAUUUGUUUUUGUGCCGCUUUUGUUUUACUUGGCAAAUUCCAUGUUUUUCUUUUACUAAAAUUGUGUAUAGUUUUUUUUUUAAUUUUAAUUAAUUAGUGAUAUUUUGUUUAACAAACAGAAGAACCACAAAAUCACCGCAAAACAACUGUUGAGAAAUGGCUGUUUUACCACCGGAUCCAGUUUUUACUUUAAGAUGUCCCGAAAUGGGUGCCGUCAAUUCGUUGUGCUUUCACCAAAACGAACGUCUGCUGGCUGGCACUAUUAAGGGUUCCGUUUUCCUGUGGGACUUGCAGACGAAUCGUUCGCUUUUGCAUUUCAACAUUGGCAAGGAGCCCAUAACAACGCUACAUCACACGGACGAUAUGUUGAUAUCACAGGAGAAGGGUGGCUCGGUGACUUUGUGGUCCAUAAAUAAUUCCGGCUAUAAAAGGCAUUUCACCAUAAAUGCCAAUUAUGUGGGCUAUUGCCGCACUGCUUUGCAUUCGAUUGCGAAUGCCAAGGAUGAUCAUUUGUUAUUUUAUCCGUGUGAGGAGAAUUCCAUUGGAGUAUUACAUAUAAAUGAUGUGGAGAAUCCAUCACAGAUAUUAGUACCUGACGAUGCUCAGUUGCCCAAAUUGGGUACAUUGACCUGUUUUAAGCCCUUUGAAAGUGCUUCGCAGCUGUUUGUUUUGGCCGGCUAUGAAAGUGGCCAUUUCUUAACUUGGGAUCUUAGUUCGGGCAUGGUGGUGGAUGUCUUGCAAUUAGAUGCCGAUCCCAUGGCUUUGGACUAUGAUCCUCUAACUAACAGAGGCAUUAUAGGAGGACCUUCUGAUAAAUUGACUGCCAUUUCUUAUCAAAGACAAUCAAUGCAACUUCAACGUUCCACUGACAUAUCAUUGAAAAAUUCCGGUAUUAAUUGUCUACGCAUUAGAUCGGAUCAAAAAGUAUUCGCUUCGGGCGGUUGGGAUGGUCGUGUACGGGUCUUUUCCUGGAAGAGUCUCCGGCCACUGGCCGUACUCACCGAACACAAGACGGGUGCCAUAAUGGAUAUUGUCUAUUCUAGCGGACCAGUUGCCAUGUGGAAAGCUCCCAUUAUGGCGGUGGCUGGCAUGGAUAGCCAGAUUUCUUUGUGGAAUUUGUAUAAUUAAAUCCAAAACAAACAAAACAGAUAAUAGUUGUAUUUAAAACAUCUUUUUUUUAUUACUUAUUAUUAUUAUUUCUUCUUACUAUUUCUUUGUUCUUUCUUCUUUUUUUAUUUCAAACAAAAUUGUAUUGUAAAACGACUGACAAAAGAUUAUAAAGCUUUUUUGGCAUUUUUUUCUGCGUAAAGAAAAUGCACUGAAAUAUUAAAUAUAUUAAAAAAAAUAAUAAACAAAAAUCUCUAAUUACAAGAAA